AUGACAAAACUAUACGACAUCGUGAUAGCCGGCGCAGGCCCCGUCGGCCUCUUCCUCGCCUGUGAACUCGGCCUCCGCCAGAUCUCAGUCCUAGUGCUGGAGCAAAGUAUACAACAAGAAUCACCAUGGAAAGUACAGCCCCUCGGACUGCGCGGUAUGAAUACCCAGUCUGUCGAGGCAUUCUACCGCCGUGGCCUAUUAGGCAAAUUCUUCGACCUUGAUGAACGGCCUCAGUACGAGGGUAAAAAGCCCGGGUUCACAUUCGGAGGCCACUUUGCAGGCAUGAAGAUCAAUGCCAAUCUUUUGGAGCUGGGGCGUUGGAAAUACAGACUCCCCAGUCCGGCGCUUAGUCCGGGGCCGACGAGUAUGGAUCAGGUCGAGAAGGUCUUGACGGAAAGGGCGGAGGGCCUGGGCGUCACUAUUCUGAGAGGACAGUCUGUGCAGGAGAUUACACAGGAUGAAAGGAGUGUCAGUGUUGAGACAGACCAGAAGCGAUUCCGCGGUCGAUGGCUGGUCGGCUGUGAUGGGGGUCGAAGUACCGUCCGGAAAGAAGUCGGAUUCGACUUUGUUGGCACGGAUGCCAAGUUGACGGGGUAUGCAACACAUAUCGAUUUAGAAGGGCGCGACAAAUUACAGCCUGGCUUCAACGUCUCCAAGACGGGGAUGUACAUCAAUGUUCCGAACGGCGCAUUCCAUCUCUUGGAAUUCGACGACGCAAGCUACGAUCGCUCUCAGGAUAUCACGCAAGAGCACCUACAAAAAGUCCUCAACCGAGCCAUCGGCCGUACAGACGUGAAAAUCACAAAAGUCCAUCUCGCCUCCUCCUACACCGACCGUUCCAUGCAAGCAACAGCCUACCGGAAGAGCCGCGUUCUCCUCGCCGGCGACGCAGCGCACAUCCACUCGCCUCUCGGUGCGCAGGGUAUGAACGUUGGACUGGGCGACGCAAUGAAUCUGGGGUGGAAGUUGGCGGCGACGAUCUCGCAGACCCGAACUGAAUAUGAAACCGAAGACUUGACGCUGCUCGACACAUAUGAGAGUGAACGACAUCCCAUUGCGGCCUGGGUUCUUGACUGGACGAGAUCUCAGGUUACGGCGUUGAAGCCGGAUCCGUUUGGAAGGGCGACGAGGGCAUUGUUGGAGGAUUUGAUUCAGACGACUGAUGGGGCGAAUCUGUUUAUUGAUCGUAUCUGGGGCCUUUCGCAGCGGUAUACCCUUGGCGAAGGGGAGGCGCAUGCACAUCCGCUUGUUGGGUGCAGUGCGCCUGACUUUGAGUUGGGAGGUGGGUCGAGGCUGGGGGAGAAACUUGAAGGAGGGAGGGGGUUACUUUUGGAUUUUGGAGGUGAUGAGGCUUUGCGGGAGUUGGUUCGGGGUGGAUUUGAAGAAAAGGUUGAUUAUCUUGCCAUUGAAGCAAAGGAGGAGUGUGGACUGCGUGCUUCGUUGAUUCGACCGGACGGUAUUGUUGCCUGGGUAGCUGAUGGUAAUGCACAGUCUGAUGUGAAGGCUGCAAAGGCUGCUUUGGAGCAGUGGUUUGGACUCUGA